CGAUACAAUGCUGACUUUGUCUAACGAUCGACCGAUGUUUUUGUUGCAGAACGAUCGCGUAAAUGGCCCCAUGGUCUGUCACGAUGCGGUCCACAUUAAUGUUCAAUUGUGUCCUCGCGAUGGGCCUCUUCACCUGCAUCGGUGCAAUCACCGUGUCGAUAGACCGUUCCGAUAACAAACCGCCACCAACGCGGCCGUCGAUGAUUGCAAACGGGUGGCGCCCUCUGACCAACGCCUACGAGGACACCAUAGGCACGAACGUGUCGCCAUCUAGCAACCUGGAGCGGAGUGGCCCCCUGCACCCAGUGCUGGGCAAGCUUCAAGAGCACAUGGCCGCCUCGGAAAAGUUGAAACCGCAACGAAAGGGUAAACCAGCCUCCCAUCACGACUAUAACCCGCCCAGUAUAUUAGGCAGUUUCACGGUUCUCGGCCACGCGGCGGCCAAGGCUCGUGGCGAUGCGCAAUCAAGCCACAAGAACGCGAAUAAUAAACACGUCGCGUCCGAGACGAGGGACUACACGUUCCUGAUUCCACCGCCGAAAGACGCAUACCGCUUCGACUUGGACCAGCACAGAAAGCCGAUCUUACGAGACAGCUCGGCAUUCUUGCGGCAACCGCAGUUCCAUCAAGCCCCGGAUCCAAUAAAGGCGGCCACGUAUUUUAUCAAGGGAUACACCUCCACCACCAACUCACCCUCCUCACCGAGCACCACGAAGAACAGGCACUACGACGCGCCUUACGUCCCGCAAUUGCUCCAACCGCCUAGAUACCACGUGAAGCCUUUCGAGUCGUUGAAAGUGUCCGCCAAUCCGAAACCGUAUUUCCAACCACCUGGCACGGGGCCGGCCAACGAUUUCGGAAAGGACAAAAGGCUGAGCGAUCACAGGCAGAAUUUCGACAAGUUCCACAACGAACACGGUAGUAUCAGCCCAGCCAAUAACUUCUUCGGUCAGGUGAAUCAUCCUGGCCACGGUUACAAGACGUCCUACGAGAGGGAUCCCGCGUUUCUGGUGCACGAGAGCCACGAGAUCAGUUAUAUCACCCCACCUUCCGUGUACAACCCGUUCAACUUCAGACCCUCGCUGCCCUACGAGACUCUUUUGCCACCCGACGUGUACUCCUCGUCCACGACGGCACCUACCACACCUCGUACCGUACAGGAAUCGAACAAGUAUCGCCAGCAAUCGGUGAAUGAGGAUUUGAAGAGGCCGGGCUCUGCCAGCAAGCAGAACGUGGAAACAGGCGCCGCGCAGGAAAUCCUGCCCACAGCCGGGAUCGGUAACACGUACUACGUGUCAGAAUCGCAGGAUCUCACGCCUCCGCCCUCCGCCUGGCCGCCAGUUCCAAAGAGCAAGUAUCCAUCAGACAUAAACGAGGUUCUGCCUCGAGUCAAUCCGCCGUCCAAGUUCAACCAAGAGGGCAUAGUUUCGAACCAGAUCCCCCAAGCGCCGAAGGUGGUGUUCAUAGGGCCCCAGACCCAACAGCCCCAGUUCCAAAGUUCGCUGAUCCCUAUAGACGUUCGGCCGGAAAACGGCGACCCGGAAUACGAGACACCGGAAAGUAUAUCGUUGAAACACUUCAACGAGCAACAAUACCUGAUCCAGCAACAGUUGCUGCACAGGGACAGGCAGAGAUUGGCCGAGCAGGAGAGGCAACAGCAAUUGGAGAUCGAGAAGCAGCAGCAGGAGGAGUUGAAGAGGAGGCAGCAGGAGUUGAGGCAACUUUUGGAGCGGCAGAAGCAGGAGGAGAAGGAGGAGGAGGAGGAGGCCAGGCUCGCCGUUGAAUCCGCGAGGAACCAGACGGAGAAAUUGGCCAAAGUCACGGAGGAGGAGGGGCAGCAACCCCCUCGUACGAUCCAGUUGGCCGGAUAUGAAAUCACGAACGUUAGCACAGACGAGGCGGCGGCGGCAGUGAUUACCGAGGAGAGCAGCGUUGGCGAGCAGCCAAAGGUUCAACAGUCUCAGGUGACCCAACCCGAGCCGCAAGUUUUCCCAGACCGUCCCACGGACCAAGAUAUCUCGAAGAAGAAUCAGGCGGACCAAACGAAUUACCGGGAGGAACAGCAGGCUGCUGAUUUACGGCCCCAAAGGCCGCACAAGCCGUCGCGCGAUCAAUAUAGACGGCGAAAACCGAGCACCGCGGUGUACGAGCCACCACCGUCUACGGAAGCUCCGCUCCAAGUUCCAGAGACCCCGGUUCCUGUCACGCUUCGCGGGGAGGAAGUAGGAUCGCGGACGACCGCCGCGCCGGAAACCGUGACUCAGCCGAGGCCGAGAACUCGAAGGCCGGGCGCGCCGUUGCGACGAAGAAGACCGACGACCACGGCCGCUGCUCCCACCACUGAGCCCACUGUCACGGAACCGUCCACGGACCUGCUGAGAUACGAGAAGCAGGAAGAGGAGGCAGCGCGUCAGGUUGACAUCGCGAAGAAAAGGCGGAUCAAGCCCGUUGCUGCCACGUUGCCCAGCCUCGAGGAGGUGGGCGUGACCGAGAAGAAGACCAACAUCAGGAAACGACCCGGUCACAGGAACAGAGUGAAUCCCGGGGAGCCGUUCGAGGCCGAGAUCGUCACCGAGAUCGUUCACCCGCCUCUGAGUACGUACAAGAGCCCCACGGAACCCGUUCAACCGUACACCGUUACGAACGAGUACAACCAAUUCUCGACCAAUGGCCAGCCUGAUCAGCAGCAGCAGCAGUUCGAUUAUUACACAGAGUCGCAGAGGUUGGCGACGGUGGAGGAGAGGCAACGAGGUGUGGAGAGCGUCACACCGAGCAUCCCGUUGGAGUAUUACACCGAGUCGAGCAGAACGAAGAUCCCGCACGAGGAUCCCAACAACUUGGAGACGAGUUACAAUCCAUCAGACGUGGCCACGAAUAUCCCCCUCGAGGACUUGUUCGGACGAACGGAGGGCAAUUACUUGGAUCGGGCGACACUUUCGUCCACUGCGGCGAGCAGUUUGGCCGGCGAUGGCCAGAGCCACGUGGCCACGACCGCGGCUCCGACCAGCACGCAGCCGCCACCCUCCAGCUCCGUCAGACCCCACAAGAUCAGGCCGAUCAGGUACGGGAACGCGACCAGGCCGCGGUUCAGCAUCAAGGACUACAAGAGCCGGAUGGAUUACAAGAGCAGAUUGGCUCAGAUCUCGAGCACCGAGCCGCCCAAGCAGAGAGGCUCUGCCGCUCCCAAGACUCAACAGAGCCAGCAGGGCUCUGCAGGAGAUGGUGGCGGCAGGGAGACGACGGGAAGGUACAAGUACGUCUCGAGGGUGAAUUACAGGACUUCCUCGCCCAAUCCUCCUCCCAAGGAUCAGGAGUACGUGACGGAGGAGGGGACGUCCUCCUCAACGGAGAGAUCGAACCGUUUCGUGCCGAAGAGGAGGCCCGUCAACGGCAACGUGUACAGGAGCAGGGUGUCCAGCCCAGUCCCCAAUCGGAAUCAUUUCGAAACGGAUGCCAACGUUCCAUCGAGGCCCAGCACCGCCCGUCCCGAGAACGUGUUCUCGUCAUCGGUGCGGCGGCGACCGGUGAUGAAGGGCAGAUUGACGCCCCCUCAGAGCUCGACCGCCCCGUAUCCGGACGAGAGGGAAGCCGAGGGUACGGAAAUGGCCGCGGAGGAGACCAGUUUCUACUCGGCGGUGACCACUACGAGUGGAGGGAGGAACGAGGUUGGGGAGAAGGAAGGGGGAGCAAGCGACUCGACGAGCGUUCCAACGACGAGAUCGGAUCCGAAGGAGGAAGCGGAAAUCGAGAGUGAGACGAUCGGGCCGGGUUCUCGGAUGGAGAAUGGGAAGAAGGAGGAAGAACCGGUUGUCGUCACCGAGAAAUCCGUGGACGAGAGCCAAUUGAGGGAAAGCUCGGGGAUCACGGAACAAUAUUCGACGGCAAGGGUCGAGGGAACGACCGAGAUUGGGGGCAAGGGAGUGGUGGAGAGCACGACGAAAUUCGAGAUACGCUCGGAGGAGGAGGAGUUGUUCGCGAAAGCGUCGCAGAGCGUUGCGGAUCUGACCAGUUCCGCUUCCGCUCUCUACGACAAGCCUGGAAUGUUCAAAGCUGUGUCUCCCGAGAGUAGAAUAGCCGCCUCUCACUUCAAGAUCCCCACUGACGAGCCCACUUUACCGAUCGAGGCGUUCUUCCAGGAACUGUCGAGGAAGAGUUAAAGGGAGAACAGGAAGAUCGUUCGUAAAGGAAAUUUUGUCAGGCAUGAGAAGAUUCUUUGGGGAAAGUCGUUAAGGGACGUUUGAUUUUCGAGCAUGUUUCUCUGUUUUUCGAAGGGAGGAUUGAAUGAACGAUGUUUUAUUUUUUUUUUUUUUUUGUUAGUUUGUUCUAUUUUCACUUUUUCGUCACUUUUUCGUACGUGGAAUCUUCACGCACCAUGUUCACAUUUUAAAGUGUAAAUAUUUGAAUCGAAAUAUGCCAAAAAAAAAUGGAGAGUCGUUGUUGAAUCGUGGAUGGAAUGGAAUUACGAUUCUUUUGGAUGGAGGAGUUGAAGAAAAUUUGUUUAAUUUGAAAAAAAGAAAAAAAUUUUUCCUUAAAUGGAAAAAAACAACGAUCUUUCUCCGGAUGGAAGAAAAGAUGGAAGAAAAAAUUCAAGGGGGGAUGCAAUACGUAGUAUAUUCACAAACAUAUUUAUAGAUCGAUAUUUUUUUUUAUUAUUAUUAUUAUUAUUAUUAUUACGUAUCCUGUGAUGACAUUCGUUUCUUACCAUCAGACUUAGUAACUUCGUGGAAAAAACAUACCAAAUGCACGUGUGUACUCGAUUAGAUUUAAUUUAAAAUUACCCUCAUCCUAAUCUAGAUGCGUAUCUAAAUAAAUUAUUAUUUAUUUAAAACCACGCGCCAUUCAAAUUUCGUUCUCGAUUUUCACGCUCAGGCAUCCCUUAUUUUCUUUUUUUUUUUAAUCUUUUUUUUUUUUUUAACGAUGGCGUGCGGUACAAUCG